UAGAUUCUUUCUCACAGUAGCGCGAGCUGGACAUGCAUUAUUGAUUAUAGUCGCGCAACAGAGCUCUUCUGCAUCUUUAUUUCGCAAAGAUUGCAUUUCAUCUGCGUAACACACUUGAAUGGGUGCAUUCAUUCCAGAAAAGAAGGGAAGGUCAAGUCUGAAAAAACGAAGCCAGAGAAGAUGCCAGUGAUCUAAAACUAUCAAGGAUUGGGGACCAAAGAAAAGAAAGGCACAGAACAAAACAACAGAAGCUUUCAAUAGAGAUCAUUCUGCCUGAACUUAAAGCUGACAUCUGGUUCAGCAGAUAGAGAUGGAAUCUAGCACUGGAGAAAUGGACAAAAAUGUAGAGGAACUGACAGGAAGGAAGAAGUCACGUUUUAAGCAACUGAAGGUGCGCUUUUUUGGGAAACUGAAGAAAAAGGAAAGUGAAGACCUGAUGAAGCAAAGCAAGUCCGCCAGUGACAUCACAGCUCCAGAAGCCGAGAGGGAAGGAUAUGACUCUGAGGAUGACUGUUUGUACACACAGUGUCUGAGCACCAGGGCGAUGUCCCACGAUAGCAUCUUCAUUACUGAUCAAACUCAGUCCACAGAACCAACACGGGUUCUAUCACAAGAGAAUGUACAUGGCAAAAUUAAGGCCUUACAGUUAAAGCUACAGCAACAGAAUUUACAUCUGGGGCCUCCUCCAAUGUUGAUCCCUGGUAAGUACACAGAGGACUCAGGAGCAACUUCAGAGGAUGAUGGUUUGCCUUGCAGCCCACCUGAGAUGUUUUUCCACGAGCGAGCGAUGCAUGGAGCAGUUAAAAAGUAUCCAGAACCUCAUAAACAUCUGAGCUCUCUGAGUUUAGCAGGAACAGGAAGUGAAGAGGAGGAACAGGGUGAUCCUUUCCAGUCAUCAUCAAGGCCUUUAUCCCCAGUUUCUAAGCCAUCUCCUCAGCCACCAAUUUCCUCCACCUCAGCUUUGGACACAACCUCUACAGGAGUGGAUUUCAGUUGCUCUGCGUUUACCACACCCAGGUUGGAUAACUCAGCCGCUCGUCAUCGUAUGUUAGUCAAACCUAGGAACCAACGAGCCAGUACAAAGGGCAAAAAAGUGUCAAUGGCAUCUCUCUCUCCCAAGCAUCGCUCAGGAAGUCUCAAUGAUUUGGACAACGUUCUAUCUGAGGAGGAUGAUAUCGAAACCAUGUCAACAGAGACAGUGCACAAUCGCCUGUGCUCUUCUCCGAAACCUACCACUCCAGAACCAAAAUCAACUACACCUGCAAACUCACUGCAGAUCCAAGAGGAGAAACCCACUGGAAUCGAAAUCCAUCCCCCAUCCAUGGGUGUUGAAACCCUCAUGUUUCUUGAACAUGAGGAGAAGGUCACCACCAACCCUCUCUGUUUGCAAGCCACCCCAAUUGGAUUGACUUCACUGUCUUCCGGGAGAGUAUCACCUUCAGGACUUUAUCUUGAAUCCACACAACCAACAAGCAACAAAGAGCCAUUUAGAUCCCAUUCACCCAUCAAUAGAUAUGAUGGAAAAGAGAUCCAACCAUCAAGGGAAGUAGAGCCGUUAAGAUCCCUUUUGCCAAUCCAGAGAUAUGAUACUAAAGAGAUCCUGAUUUUUGAUGAUAAAGGAUCUCAAGGACCAAGUGAUAACAAAGGUGGGAUCCAAGCAGAAGCAGCAUUUAGAUUACAUCUUGUACCUGUGCCACAAACCAAAAACCCAAAAAUGGAAACAAGGAAUCCGCCCUCUCCAAAAGGUCCCACAGAAGCCUCUCAGAAGCCUUGGGAAGUUGGAGUGGAAUCUUCUUCUCCCAAACUGGUUGGUAAGACUACAGCACCCUUUAAAGGAGUCGUUGGGGCCCCUUAUGCAAGAGAGUUUGAUUCCAAAUCACAGACACUUAACUCUGGAGCAUUUCAGUUUUCUAUUGCACCUGCCAAGUAUCGCUCCAAAAUGACAAGUGAGACCGUAGCAAAGCAGGACAGGGAAAAUUUGAAAAGUGUUCCAGGAAUCAAGACCCAUUCCAAGAAACCUAACCCAGAGCCACUAAAGGAUGAAGCUAGGGAGACAAAACCAACAGAGUUGCAGCUCCUUCAUCAAACGCAAGAGACAAAGAGCAGUUAUCAAAGAGAAGAAUUAUCUCCUAUUAUGUCCAAACCCGCACCAGGAAACCAGACCUCUACAGAACAUGUGGAAACUGAGAAAACUGAGGAACCUGAAGACCGGAAGAAUGCUUUUGGGGUGCAGCUUCGCACCACCUCUUUGUCUCUGAGAUAUCAAUCUGAGGUUUCCAAAAUUAAGGAUGAAACAAAGCGGUACAAUUUAGAGUCUAAUCAAAUGCAAGUGGUCUCAGAAGAGCAUGUUGGGAUAGCCAAUUCUAACAAUAAUCCCAUGGUUUCCAAAAAACAAGAUUUACCGAAUCUGCACUCUCAGCUUGCUGCCACAGAUAAUGAAAGACCAUCUACCCAAGACAUAUCAGGAACAAGCAAAGAGGCAGGAUUGGAGCCAGGCUGGAUGAGUCUAGCAAGAGAGAAGACCAGGGCUUACCAGCCCUUCUUGAGCAGAUUAGCCACAAAUCAGUCACCACAAGUCCACCCUUCACCUCCAACAGUACCUCCUUCACAGCCUCCAAAACCAACCUCACAGCCCAAAACACAGCCAGUAACCACAAUGUUUCUUCCAUUGAAAACACAGCACACACUGAAUGCGUCAAUUCAGAUGGUCAACCAGCAAUCUUCACAAGUUACAACACAGAGAUCUCCCACUAAAACGACCCCAAGUGGAAUGAAAGACAAGCAAGUAUCAUCUGGUUGGAGAACAGAGAACACAUUUACCCAAUCAGCAGGCGGAGGAAGACUACCUGACAUUAAGGAUAAAAGCAUCCCUGCACUUAGGAUCAGUACAUCAGAAACUGAUGCAACAAUGAAAGCAGCAUGUCCCAGCAAGAUGGAAGGGAAUUCAAGACCGAUUACACCCAACAACACAGAAUUACCGACUAUCACUUCUGAGCUUCUAUCCUCAUCAUCCUCAUCAUUAGACAUCUUUCAGCAGCAGCCUCGGUCAGAUGGAGCUCAGCCAUCUUGGAUGGAGCUCGCCAAGAGGAAGUCUUUAGCUUGGAGUGACAAAACAUUAGAAUUAAUUUGAAACAACCAGACAUUCAGAGAUGUAGUGUUGGAAUAGUGAAUGUUACAAUGAAUGAAUGUACUGUGUACAGGGUUUUAUGUGUACAUAAUUGAUCGGUUGUGAGUGAGUGAGUGAGUGAGUGAUAUUUGUAUUGUUUGUAUGCAGUUAGAUUGUUUUAAUUAUAAUUCAAUUGCAAUAGACAAGACAUUCCUAUAGCUUUACAGAAUUACACAAAUGUAUGUAUUAUUACACAUGACUUAUCUAACCUUUUAUUGAUACCUGUAUGACUGUUGUUCAUCUUUACAGUGACGAUAUGUUGUUAUUUAACAAUAGAGGAAUACAUUUCUGAUAGUGAUAAUAAACUAUGAUGCUUAACU